AUGAGUAGUCUACGGAGUAAAGGCGAGGUGAAUGGCAUGAACGACCCCACCAGUUUGACAGUUUUGCUGAGUCACCACUGCGUUGGUUACCAGACCCCGCCAAAGAUCCAUACCUUAGCUUCCGCAGACGCGACUCUCACCGCACAGAGCCCGGUUUCCGAUUCCUCAACAUACAAGCAAUUGGGCAAAAACGUAGAAUCACCAAUCAUGGACGACGAUUUCGGUGCCGACGAAGACUUCCUGGCCGCUCUCGCAUCUUCGAACCCAGCACCUUCACGCCCCGAGGCUCAACCAUCUCGUCCCCGUGUGCAGCAACCGACACCGCAGAAGAUACAGCAGCCGACACCGCAGCGCUUGGAUAGACCACCGCCCGCAAAUGCUUCUGCGAGCGGCAAGAUUGUCCAACCGACUCCCCAGGCCCUUCCCCAGCGAGGAUCCGGCUCGGCCAUUCUCGUGUCUCCACGGCAGAGGGGCAACCCGGUGCUCGCAUCUCUCAAGUCGAUGCCAUGGGAGUACAGCGAUAUUCUGGGUGACUACGGUCUUGGUUUGACGACAUGUGCAUUGUUUCUGAGUCUGAAGUACCACCGCCUCCAUCCCGAGUAUAUCCAUACGAGAAUCAGGAAUCUUCAAGGGAAAUACAACCUACGUCUCGUACUGACUAUGGUUGAUAUUCCAAACCACGAGGAGGUCUUGCGCGAGUUGUCCAAGACCUCAUUGGUCAACAACGUCACCCUCAUUCUUUGCUGGUCAGCUGCCGAGGCCGCGCGAUACCUCGAGCUGUACAAGUCGUACGAGCACGCCAAUUUCAACGCCAUCCGCGGCCAACAAGCGUCGACGUAUGCGGAGAAGCUCGUCGAGUUCGUCACGGUUCCCAGGAGCGUCAACAAGUCGGAUGCCGUUGCCCUGGUCAGUAACUUUGGUAGCUUGAAGAACGCCAUCAAUGCGAAUCCCGAGGAGAUUGGCCUGCUAGCUGGCUGGGGCGCUGUCAAGGUCAACAAAUGGGUCAAGGCUGUCGAGGAGCCUUUCCGAGCACAAAAAUCUGGCAAGCGACAGCUGGAUCGAUCAGACCGCACCGAGGACGGGAGGCCGUCGCAAGCAUCGAGGUUGGAUCAAGCUGUGCCUCUCAGCAGAGUCCCGCUUCGUGAGAUGUCUAUGAGAGACUCAUCGAGAGGCUCACCUGCAGUGGGCACGCCAAUGACAACCCAGCCCAAGAGGCCUGCCGCCUUGGAGAGAGGCAAUCCGGAUCUCGACGAGGACGAUGAAGAGGCGAUGAUCGCCGCCGCUAUUGAGGAAUCAAGGCGGACUGCUGAGGUGCAAGCACAAGCACAAGCACAGACGCCGGUGCAGGCGCAGACGCAGACGAAACAAAUUGACAGCGCAGGUGCGAAAGACGAUGCACUUACAGACGGGGUCGCGGCCGCACUCGCAAACCUUGGAGAUUGUGGGCUAAAGUCUAAUCGACGUUUCGAAAGGACGGCACACCUUACAAGAGACGGAUUCGCGUGUAUGGCAUUUUCCCUUGGUGUUCCGCGAGGCACCUUUCGCAUAAGAAAGAGGAAACUCCAUGACUCGUUGGGAUUCGAAGAAGAGCAUAAAUGCGGCUUCGAGAGGAAGAACGAAUCAAACGACGAAGUAAACUUUGCGACGCAUUCAUCAGACGAUUCGCCCGGUAGGAAAACGAAGUCCGUCUGUAGAAGCAUGCCAUCCAAGUCAGAUCUACCUAGGAUUUCCAACGCUGUCUUGGGCGUAUCAACAGAGCAGUGCGGGGGCGGCCUCGACACGGAUUUGCAGGUACCGAACUCAAAGUCAAGAGUUGGAGAUGAAGAUCGUCACGCACGCAUCUGUUAUUUCUCCAAUGUCACCCUUCUGACCAAGUCAAGUGUUCUGACGCCGCGCCAUUUCUCCCUAUCACGAUUGACAUUUGAUCUUUGGCACUGCAUCGACGCCGAGCAUGCAGAGCCUCCGAGAUCCAAUGAUCAGCCAAAGGCCGCAGUCGGUCGAUAUCUGGAGGCCAUGGAAAUUGACUCUCGGUUGAAGCGCAUCUCCAAAGUUCCGAGGAGACACUGCCUCAUACGGAAGGUCAACAAGUUUACACCUUACAACACCUUGCUCGGGUAUUGCAACUCGCCAGCAUUUGUUUCCUUGACUUCAUCUGCCCGUAUGCAACUGCAACUGCAACGCAACGCUGCAUUUAACUUUGGGGACGUCCGUGCCUGGCGACUUUGCCAUUUCGAGAUGAGCAGCGACGAACCUGGGCAAGAUCUUCUCUGCGCGUGUUUGAUGCCAGUCAUUACGGCCACCAGCGGACUCGGCCCGCUCUCAUUCUACUGGGGUGGUGGUGGGACCUUGGGGAGGUGGAGGGUGGUAUCCAAAGGAACAAUAAUCAGGAGGGCGAAGAUGAGCCGGAGAUGGGAAGGGAAAGACACCGGAUCGCGAGGACCACUUACCAUGUCGAAUGGACACAACAAACCCAACGUUGCAGACGCAGAAAGCCGACAGAAGCAGGAGAAGAAGCAGGGGCAGCUGGUGGGCGAACGCAAAGUCCGGGGGACUAUGGAUGAGAAACAGAGUUUAUUCAUCUCAUGCUGUGCCUGCGCGAAAGUGUUCCCAGUCUCCGGGUCCUCCCUCCCGAAGUUUCCCAGACCUUUGCGCGCCCCAAUAAUGCAGUCGACGUCUCAGUCUCUUUCUGCUUCCCAGGACCGACAUCUAAUAGCUUGGAGGCUUCUCGUCGCGAACACGAUGCACCUGUCAAUGCGCGGACUGGCCGUCGCCGGGCUCCUCGCCCAGGCGUCAGCCUCCCCUCAAUCUCUUCUACAGGCCGCCGCGCCGCAGUAUGUCAACCAGCCCGAGAGGGCGGCAGCCGUCAAGGAAGCCUUCCAGCGCUCGUGGGACGGGUACCGCAAGUUCGCCUUCCCCAAUGACACGCUCAAGCCGGUGUCGAACACGGCCGAGAAUGACCGGAAUGGUUGGGGUGCGAGUGCUGUGGACGCCUUGAGUACUGCCAUCCUUAUGGAGAACAAGGACGUUGUGGGACAGAUUCUAGACUUUAUACCGACCAUCAACUUCAACGUGACGGAUAGCGAGGUCUCUCUGUUUGAGACGACUAUCCGAUAUCUUGGCGGCAUGUUGGCAGGACAUGACUUGCUGAAAGGACCACUCAAAGAUGUCGCCAGUAAUCAGACCGGCGUAGACAAUCUUCUCGCGCAGUCGAAGAAACUUGCAGACAAUCUCAAAGUCGCGUUCGAUACAGCAACCGGCAUCCCCGAUAACACGCUCAUCUACGAUCCCAAGCCGCGCAAGAAGGGCUCCGACACGAACGGCAUUGCGACCAUUGGGACCUUGGUGCUGGAGUGGACUCGCCUGAGCGACCUAACGGGGGACAAGCAAUACGCGGAUCUGUCACAGAAGGGCGAGAAUUUCCUCCUAAAGCCCAACGAGGAGGUGUUCCCCGGCCUGUUGGGUACGGACGUCUUCAUCUCGAACGGGACAUUUGCGGAUCGGUCCGGUGGCUGGAACGGAGGCACCGACAGUUUCUACGAAUACCUCAUCAAGAUGUGGGUGUACGACCAGAACCGGUUUUCGCUCUACAAGGAGCGCUGGAUCGCUGCGGCCGAUUCAUCGAUCAAGUUCUUGGCGUCGAGCCCGACUACUCGGCCUGAUUUGACGUUCUUGGCGGCGUACAACAACGCGAACCUGAGAUUCGUCAGCAGCCAUCUUGCGUGCUUCGAUGGUGGCAACUUUAUUCUCGGUGGUCUUGUUCUCAAGGAGCAAAAAUACGUCGACUUUGGCAUCAAGCUGACCGAGGGCUGCCGCGAGACGUACAAACAGACGGCGACUGGAAUCGGGCCAGAAAUCUUCCGCUGGCAAGACGACAGGCCGCCGGUGAACAAGACGCUCAACCCGGACCCGCCCGCGAACCAGACAGAGUUCUACAAAAAGGCAGGCUUCUGGAUCAGAGAGGACGGCGCGGGCUACGUCCUCCGACCCGAGGUCAUUGAGAGCUACUACUACGCCUACCGCGCCACCGGCGACAGCAAGUACCAGGACUGGGCGUGGGACGCUUUCCUGGCGAUCAAUAAGACGUGCAGCGCGGGAAGCGGCUUCUCGUCCAUCACCAACGUCCAGGAUCCGAAGGGAGGGUCAUUCGACGACUUCCAGGAAAGUUUCUGGUUCGCCGAGGUUCUCAAGUACAGCUACCUGAUCCAGGCCACGGAUGCCAAAGUCCAAGUUGAAGUAGCGGACAACAAGUUUGUUUUCAACACCGAGGCGCAUCCGUUCCAGAUCGCUUAG